GUGUUUCUCGUCAUUUCCCGCUUCCUACUAACUACCAUUCCCCCAACUAAUCUGAAAUUUCAAACUAGUGAAAUACCAAAACUACCCCUGAAGUAUAUAUAUUUAGGCAGACAUCAGCCUGUUUGAAAUGUUGGUGUUAGGCUGUUAGCUAAUCUAUCAACCAAAUUCUCCUACUCUUUUCUCUCCCUACCUAUUAGUAAUUCCCUAAAAUGCCCCCACAAGAAGCGGGCGGAGGCGGUGGUGGUGGCGGCGACAACGGAAUGAAGCAUCAGCACCCAAAUUCAGCAUCAGUAAUUUCAAGGGAACAAAAGACAGUUUGUGUAAUGGAUGCUUCAGGGUCACUUGGGUCUGAACUUGUUAAAACUCUCUUGCAAAGAGGUUACUUUGUUCAUGCUGCUCUUCAAUCUCAUUCCAAAGGGAAGUUGCAAAGUAUGAAAGUGCAAUGUACUGGGGAUGAAAAACAAAACCUGAAGAUCUUUCAUGCUGAUCUAUUGGAUUAUCACAGUAUCCUUGACACUCUUAGUGGCUGCUCUGCAUUGUUCUACAUAUUCGAGCCUCGGAUUGAGCAUCCUAUUUAUGAUGAAUAUAUGGCAGACAUAGAAGUGAGAGCAGCACAUAAUGUUCUGGAAGCAUGUGCCCAGACACCCACCAUAGAUAAGGUCAUCUUUACUUCUUCUGCCACAGCUGUUGUGUGGACAGAUACCCGUGAUGGUGCAUCAUUGUCUUGUGAUGUCGAUGAAAAGAGUUGGAGCGAUAUCAACUUCUGUAAGAAAUUCAAGCUUUGGCAUGCAUUGUCAAAAACACUAGCAGAGAAGACAGCGUGGGCACUUGCAAUGGACAGAGGAGUGAGCAUGGUGUCGGCUAAUGGAGGGCUGUUGUUGGAUAAUAACUUGCGUAAAACUUCUGCUACUCAUCCUGCUGCACAUAAUAGCAAACAGAGUUUUCCGUCAUAUCUAAAAGGUGCAGCUGAGAUGUACGAAAAUGGAGUUCUUGUGGCUGUAGAUCUCUGGUUUUUGGUAGAUGCCCAUAUUUGCAUCUUUGAAGAAAUCUCAUCAUACGGACGUUAUUUGUGCUUCAAUCAUGUCAUCAACUGCCACAAAGAUGCUGUGAAGCUUGCCUCCAUGUUUAUGUCCUCUCCCCCUCAAAGCUCAGAGGAUACAAGAGUAUACCCGCAACGGAUAAGCAACAAGAAACUCAACGAGUUGAUGGUGAAUUUUGAUGGUCAAUUCCAGCAGCACUAGUAAGACGACACUGUCCAAACUGAAUGGAGUUCAUGUACAUAUGGCCUCAUUCUUUGUUCAGCAACAGAAUAUGAUUGAAAGCUUGUAACUAAAUGAAAAUUCAUUAUUUUUCAUCUACUUGAUGUAAUUUUGAAGAUUAAAUGCACAAAUAACUUCAGCAAUGAAAAUCAAUAUCAAAAUCCUCUCCCAACUAUUCUCUUCUAUGGUUGGUUUAUUUGGUA